GGGGACGCGUGGAAUUUACAGUCUUGAAUGCAAGAGAACAAUCGGUAAUUUUUUGUGUGUAAAGUGAUGCACACCUAGUGCAAUUCGCAUCGAGGAAGCAGGCUUGUAAUUUUUUCGCCUUGAACGCCGAUUUUUACGCUUCAGGUUGAAUUCUUACAUCUAUAGUCGGUGAGGGCUGUAGAGACGGACACUAGGCAACAUACAUUUGAAUCAUGCAAGAGGGCGAUCUGUACUCGGACUUCAACAAAUCCAAUCCGAAUAAAUUCAGAGACAUCCAGGAGCUAUUGGCAGACCACAAGUCAUUAUUUCGAUGGUUCUCGGAGGAGGUGGUGCUCGACGUGGGAUGUGGACCGGGUGACGUCACUCGUCACGUUCUCUAUCCGUGGCUCCCGGAAAACGCAAACAAGACCGUGCUCGGAGUAGACGUUUCUCCCGUCAUGAAGGACUUGGGCAAUAAAAAGUUCGGUCAUCCCGACGUUUUCUUCGAGACCUUCGACGUUUCUGGCAAAAACUUGGCUGUCAUUACAGAGGACGAGAAGUUUAGAGACGGCUUCACGAAGAUAUUCUCAUUUCACGUCUUCCACUGGAUCAAUGAUCUCGAACUGGCUUUUCAGAACGUGUAUAAACUCCUGAAACCUAGCGGUCAAGUUCUUCUCACUUUUCCCAUCAGUAGGCAAUAUCAAAGGUUAUACAAGCAAAUGCAAGAAAAAGAACCUUGGUCAACAAUUUUGAAGGGUGCACACCGAGAAAUCCCGAAUUAUUUCUUGAAUGGUGACGCCACAACAGAGUUCUUGUCAAUUGUGACGAAGGUAGGAUUCAAAGUUGUCACCUGCAAGCUCAUCACGACACACGACGAGUUCCCCAACAUUGAGGCCCUGAAAAAACUCGUUGGCUCUUUGGACAUCCACUUCAAUAGAAUACCGACCAGUAUGCGAGGGCAGUACUUGGAGGAGUGCAUCGAAAUAAUGAGGAAGAAGAAUCUGAAAGAACUCGACAACGGCACCGUAGUGGUCACAGAGAAACGAAUCACCGCUUUCAUGGAGAAAUAAUACAGUUCCAGCCGGUAAAUUAUACCAGUGAACGUGUAUGCAAAGUACCAUGAAAGUAUUUGGAGUAACCUCUCCAAAUUUUAUUGGACUUUGUGAGGGAUUUUGUCAGUCGAUGUCGGAGACCGCGCAUUUUCCGCUUUUCUCAUUAAAACGUCGAAUCAAUUGUCCGACAGUUGUGAUCUUCGACUAGAGCUCCCUUUUGUCUCAGUUUUUAUCAUUUAUUAGCCUCAUUGGAUUGGUUAUAAUACAGGAAAAAAUAAUUGUUGAUUUCUACAAGAUCGUAUAAAACUUGUAACCGAGCAAUGCUCUGUAUGAAUUAUUACUUAUAAUGUAUACUGUGAGUCAAAUAGCCGAAAUUUGAAAAGAAAAUCAAUAGAAAGCUCUAAUCUUUGCUCCCAGUUUUUUGCAGUCAUGCAAAGCUUGAUAAUUCGUUAGUUCUGUAUCUUAUUUUAGCAUCAUUGCUAUUAAUGCAUUUUCUCCGCAAACAUUUGUUAUAUUAUAUUUGAUACUCUUUGAUUUUUUUUUCAAGUCAGUGAACAAAAAAGAAAAAAAAAAAAAAAAAAAAAAAAAAAAAAAAAAACUAAUCCAUUGAGGCUAGCGUAAGGUUCUGUCAGGAGGACUUAGCAUUGAUGUGUCGAUUUAAUUUUAGAGCAAAUUGAAAAUUUUAAUUUGUUGGUUGUUGUUUAACAUGUUGGGUCAAAGCCGUUGUGCUCAAUCAGUAUUCCUCUAAUUUAAUUUUAUGUGGAACAAGUUAAUGUAGAAACAUUAUUUCAGCCUUAAAAAUUUCAACAAUACUCUGUUGAAUAAGUUAACUAAAUCACCAAAAUAUUUUCAUUAUUUGAAUCUAAUUUGCUCUCCGUCGUUGUGCAUUUUAAAAUUUAGCCUUAAUACGUCACCAAAGCAGAAUGAUUAAAAAUCAAUAAAUUUUGAAAAAUAAAAACUGUUUUUAAAAUGUUGAGGUCUAAAA